AUGAUGGUUCCAAGCAGCAAACAUCGCGUCACCCUCGUGGCAACUUGGCUGUGCUUCUUGGCUGCCAGUGUGAAUCCUUCCGAGUCGUUUGCUCUAAGCAGUCGCGUUAGCAGUGUCCCCCUUCUCGACAAGCCCAGGCCAACGCUGCCGUCCCAACCGACGUCUUUGAAAAUGAGCGCUGACCUGGACAACCAGGCAACCGAAGUCAAUGCUUUGGUGCCAGGAGAGGAAGAAUCGGUUGCAACCCCACCAAAUACCAUGAAGGUUCCGAAAUCACUUGAAAAGGCAGUCCUUUUCUUCCUUCGAGUCUACAGUGUAUUUGUCUUUUCUGCUGGAACUUUCUUCACGUGCAUGCUUCUCCUAAAUGUGUUUGGAUAUGACUAUGCGUUUUCGAAAGAAGAGGGGUUCCGUGUGGACACCAUUGAACAGCUCCGUACGGAAAAGCAGUUUCGCAAAGCUGCAGAGGCUUAUGCCGCCAAAGCAAAGAUUGCGCAGACUCAAGGACAAUACAUCCAACCUUCUGAUUCCUUGCCAAAGUUCAAGUAG